CUUCCUUUCAACACACCAAGAAAUGCUUCAAAAAUAACUCCACAUUUACAGCUUUUUCUCCCUAACUUUCACUUUUCUUCUUUCUUGAGCUGCAGAAAUACAAAUGGCAGAUCUUCCACGAGGUUUUUAUCGAUCAGAAUUAAAUAAAACGGUCUGGGAAGUUCCGGAAAAAUAUCAAAAUUUGAGUCCUAUCGGAACUGGUGCUUAUGGUCAAGUUUGUUCAGCUGAUAUAACAAAUGGAGGUGAUGGUGAUGAUAGUACGCCAAGAUCGGUUGCUAUUAAGAAGCUUUCAAGACCAUUCCAGUCACCAAUGCAUGCCAAAAGAACAUUCCGAGAACUAGAACUACUACGACACAUGAAACAUGAAAACGUUAUCAGUCUGCUUGAUGUUUUUACAACUUCCUUGGUUUAUGAAAACUUUCAAGAUGUAUAUAUGGUUACAGAGCUUAUGGGAGCAGACCUUAACAGUAUUCUAAGAUUUCAAAAGCUGACAGAUGAACAUGUUCAGUUUCUGGUUUACCAAAUUUUGAGAGGUCUAAAGUACAUACACUCAGCAGGAGUUAUUCACAGGGAUUUAAAACCCAGUAAUAUUGCUGUCAAUGAAGACUGUGAGUUAAAAAUAUUAGACUUUGGUUUAGCUCGGAUGACCGAUAAUGAGAUGACUGGAUAUGUUGCCACAAGGUGGUAUAGGGCCCCAGAGAUCAUGCUCAACUGGAUGCAUUAUAAUCAAACUGUUGACAUCUGGUCUGUUGGUUGUAUCAUGGCUGAACUUCUUACAGGGAAAACAUUAUUCCCUGGCAAUGAUCAUAUUGACCAACUGACAAAAAUUAUGAAACUUGUUGGCAAACCAUCUGUAGACUUCUUGCAAAAGAUAGUUAGUGACUCAGCAAGAACAUACAUUGAACAAAUGCCAAACUACAGCAAGACACCAUUUACACAAUACUUCCUUGGUGCCAACCCCCAAGCUGUUGACUUGCUAGAAAAAAUGUUAAACCUUGAUGCUGAUGAAAGAAUAACUGCCACACAAGCCCUCAGUCAUCCUUAUCUUAGCAACUUUGCUGAUCCUAAUGAUGAGCCCAUCUGUGAUGCUUUUGAUCAGUCCUUUGAAGCAAGAGACCUCACCGUGGAGGAAUGGAGAAAAUUGGUAUACAAUGAAAUCAUGGAUUUUCAAGAUAAGUCCAGACAGCAGGCUAUGGAUGUUGCCGAACCAAUGCAAUCAUAGAAAUACUGUUUUACAGAUAUUUGCUUUAAUAGAAUUAGACAUAUUUUGCUCUCAAAACACAACUGCUUUAAUUUUAACCCUUUAGACAUUUCAGAGGCCAUUUGUAGCACAACAACACAGUGAAGAAUAUAACUAGGGUCUUUUUUCAACUGCAACAUAGUUAUAGAGGUUAUUACACUGCUAGUUGUUUAUUACAUAGAAAAUAUAUAAUGGGUGCGAGGAGAUAUACGAAUUUUAUCUUCAAGUGUUCAAUUGAUAUCUCAUGAGUGAGCGCAGCUCACUCGUGAGAUAUCUAAAUUGAACACGAGAAGAUAAAAUUCGUAUCUCCAAGCAGGCAUGUAAUAUUCUGUUUAUUAUAUAGAUAUCAAUGAAACUUAAAUUAAACAAAAGCUUAAAAAUUCUUUAUUAAGAUAGCAAGCCAAUUCAAUAGCGAUAUCUUCACGUGUGAAAGAUAUGGUAUCUUCCACUGGGUGAAAGAUAUCAAGUUUUCGACACUAGAGAAAACCUGGUAUUUCAUCGAUAUCUAUAUAAUGAAGCCGGAUAAUUUUACGAGUGAAAAAAUGCAGCUUCACAAGUAAAAUGAUCCAGCUGUAAUACACAACUAACAUUGUAAUAAUUAGUUUAUUGUACUAAACAAAAAGAAACUGAGAAAGAAUGCCUGCAAAACAAUCAUAUUUUAUUGUAAACAAGCAAACUUGAAAGUCACGAGCUCAAACCACUGAUAUGAGCCACACAAAGGAAAAGAAGAAAAUUUCCUCGUGAUGACAUCAGCAAAAAGCUUGUCCAAAACCAGUUUACAGACCAUGUAUUUUCGCUCAGACUGCAAUAUUGCAAGGCUGUCAACCCCCGAGAUAUUCAAAUCAGGAGAAUUGAUAGGGAAGGGACAUGACGUCACAGCACGUCAAAAAGCGCGCAAAAAGACAUCUUUCGCUUUGUAACAUUUGAUGUGAUUGGUUUAUUUCUGACCAAUCAGAUUAUCGCUUAUAUUACAAUGGCCUGCUUGCAAGAACAGUUUAUGAGGAACGUUUUGAUUUUGUUAGCGACUUAAAA